AUGUCUUCUCAAUAUGUUUCGCUUGCGAUUGGCUCCCAUACCUGGACUCCCGAGAACAAAGAGAUUGAUGGUUUGCUGGACGUGAUGCGAAGUCACAAGAUCAAAGUUAUCGACACCGCUAGGAGCUACGGCCUUGGCGCAUCUGAGACCGUUAUCGGGCUCAAGAAGCUGAGCCGCGAAUUCGCUAUUGACACCAAAGCUGCCACAGGAGUCAUUCCUGGUGCUGGGCAGAAGAUUAUGCAGUUUGCCAAAGAGAGUUUAGAAGCACUCCAAACUGACAAGGUCCGAGUUUUCUUUAUACAUGCACCUGAUGAAGAAACGCCAGUACAUUUGCAGAUGGAAGCCAUCCAGACUCUGUAUAAGCAGGGAGUAUUUGAAGCGUUUGGAGUCUCCAACUUCACUCCGGAGCAAGUCAUCGAAUUCUAUGACUACGCCAAAUCCAACGGUUACGUUCUUCCUACAGUAUAUCAAUCCAGCUACUCAUUGGCUGUCCGUGGGAAUGAAACGAGGCUCUUCCCAACUCUGCGCAAACUGGGCAUCUCCAUCCAAGCUUAUUCGCCGAUGGCAGGGGGGUUAUUGUCAAAGACGCGAGAGUAUAUCGAGUCGGGAAAUGGCAAUUGGGACCCCAACAGCCUAACUGGCAGGAUCUUUCGCGAUCUUUACUAUAAGCCAUCGUAUCUGAAGAUGCUGGAAGAAUUCGCAAAGCUGUCCCAGGAGACUGGGCUAAGCCGAUCCAGCUUGGCUUAUCGUUGGGUGAGGUACCACUCGGCUCUCAAACCAGAGCUCGGCGACUCAAUGAUUCUAGGCUCUGUAAAUGCUCAGCAGCUGGAAGAAGCAUUGGCGGAGCUUAACAAAGGCCCUCUUGAUGCUGCAACCGUUGAAAAGCUGGAUAACUUCUGGCAGCUGAUCAAAGACGACGCACCGGUUGACAAUCUCAUCUCAGUUCGCAAGGUAGUUCGUGGAGCGGCAUAA